CAUAUAACACAGCACGUAAAUGCAAUUGUUUAUGUCAUAAUAUGUUAUAUUACAUAAUAUUGAUAGUUAAAAAAAAUAUGGUGUGAUUUACGUUUGAUAUUAUACGUAAACAUAACCUCUGAUAAGAAUGGCAUUAAAAUUUGAUGCAGCAGCGUACAGUUUUAGAAAAACAUGCCCGUACGUAGCCAAAGAUUUACUGCGUUGGUUUCCUGGGCACAUGAAUAAAGGUUUAAAACAGAUACAGAGGAAAUUAAAAUCCGUCGAUUGUGUCAUGGAAGUUCAUGACGCAAGAAUUCCUUUUUCUGGGAGAAAUCCCAUUUUUACAAGUACAAUAACAGGUGCAAAACCACAUAUAUUAGUGUUAAAUAAGAAAGACUUAGCCAUUAGAUCAUUAGUACCAAGAAUCAAGGAUCAGUUAAUGACAGAAGAAGGUGUAAAACAUGUGGUGUUUACAAACAGUAAAGAUCAGUUAUGCAGAGGACUUAAAAUACUCAAACCGCUAAUGAUAGACCUGAUAAAGGACUCCAACAGAUAUAAUAGAAGUGAAGAACAAGAUUACAAUGUAUUGAUAAUUGGUGUACCUAAUGUGGGUAAAUCUUCUUUAAUAAACAUGCUCAGAAGUAAGAAUACUCACCAGAAACAUGCUUUACAAGUUGGCGCAGUAGCUGGAGUUACGAAGAGUAUGCAUACUAAGAUAAGGAUAAAUAGCAAUCCCCAUAUUUUCAUGUUUGAUACACCUGGUAUUUUAGAGCCAUCGGUAACCAAUGUAGAGAUGGGUUUAAAGCUGGCGCUUUGCGCAUCUUUACAAGACCAUUUAGUUGGUGAAGAGAUAAUAGCUGACUAUUUGCUGUACUGGCUCAAUGCUCAUGAGAACUUUAAAUAUGUAGAAUAUAUGGGAUUGGAGGAGCCAACCGAUGAUAUUAAUAGGGUAUUAAUUGCUGGCAGUACAAAAUUCAACCGAAUAAGACGUGUACGCGAUUAUGACGGCCGAAUGAGGGACGUCCCAGAUUUAAUAGAAACAGCACGCACUAUGAUCCGGGGAUUCCGAACUGGGGAAUUAGGGAAGACAUUGCUCGAUAUACAUUUAUUAAAGGAGACUAGUAAAGAAAGCUUAAGAAGCCAUUCAGAGACAAAUUAACAUGCGAUUGAGGUGUCCCAUUAGUGCAAGUCUACCUUAAUGCCAUAUUUGUUUUUUUUGGCCAUGGCGCAGGCUAUAGCCUUUCGAACAUGCCGCCUAGUCUUUCGUAGAACUGUCAUAUUUGUAUUCAAUUAAAUGAAAAAAUGUGAUGAAAAUCGACUAUUAUACCAAAUUUGGCACUGCUGAGUUGUCAAUUGUGCAAUUAAUUAAUCAAAGCCCAUUGUUAAUUUAAACUAAUUGAAAUUUGAUAAUAACAAUGAACUCUCUCUGGAAUCUAAUAAAAUUAUUUGCCAUGUAAGUUUUGAAGGUCCAAGUAAAAACGAACUAAAUGUCUUCCUUAUUUUUGUGCCUUGUUCGAGACUAAGUUUCAUAAUACGAAUUUGAACACCCAGCUCAGCCGCUAAGCUAACACCGGUCUUAGCUCGUCUUAGAAGUGUCUGUAAUACCUGCUAGUUGGAGAUUAUUCCGGAACAACUAUUGUUUUAUUAUAGUUUGCUAUUACAGUCAAAACCGUUGACGACGACAUCGUUUAGACUUUAGA